GUUAUCCCAUAUUUGAAAUUUAACCUAUCCUCAUGAAGAAACAAGCAUUUACGAGACCUCAUCAGGGUAGAGAAGCCCAAGGGAAUGUGGAAGCGGAGGAUAAGUCUCCUUCAUCUAAAUAUUCCUCCAAGUCGAAUCAUAUAAGUGCCAAGCUUCAUAGUAGUAAUAAGAAGAAACAUAUGAAAGAUCUUGAUAAAGUUUCUACUAAGUUUGAUCAGCAGAUUCUUUCCUCGCUUAGACAACCUAAGACAAUGAGUAGCUUAACUUCUAGAAAUGCUGCUGCCAAAGGACCUACUAGGUAUACUAGUGAUAAGCUGAAGAACAUCUCUCAUACGGACAACUCUGUAAUCUGUAGUGCGAAUAUAACCCAUUCAAUUGAUUCAGUAGAAGGCGCCUCACAUAUAUCAACAAAGACCGAUCAAAAUUACGUUCGGAAGCACUCUCCCAUCAAUAUCAGCUCCAUGAUCAAAGAAGGGUCUGGCUUGAAGUUUAAAUCAAAGAUCAGAUCGGAUCUCUCGAGUUCUAGGAACAAGAUGCUCAAGAAUAAGACUUUACCUAAUCUUAUGAACUACACUGCAAAAGCUACAGCAUUAAUGAAGGGCUCUACAAGGUCUAUAACUAAGAAAUUCAUGAACCCUACCAGAAAAUAUUAUAACUCUAAAUAAGCAGAAUAAGACAUUUGUUGGCCCAAAGACUCCUUCCGGCAAGCCUAUUAUGAAAACUCGCCUUCAUGAUUCUCACUCUACAAGUAGGAGUGGAGGGACAGGGGAGCCAAAUUAUUUGGACAUGAAGAAGAAAAACCGCGAUUUCUGUAUGCUCUCUUCACUUCAAACUAAGAAAUCCCUGUCUAGUUCCAAGCCAUCUCUUGAAAAUAAUUUGUUAAACCAGAAAAUCACCAAUUUGACCAAGGAAAAUGCUCAGUUAAAGCAGGAUUAUGAGAAGGUGAAACAACAAAUGGAGCAAUUAGACCAAAAUCUCCUGAAAUCCCAGAAAUCUGUUAAAGAAAAAGAUUUAGAAAUUGUUAAACUCCAGCAAUCAGUCACUUACAGAGAAGCUGAAAUUGAGAAAAUGAAAAUACAAUUCAAGACCGAGCGAGAAGCAGAUCAGAAAAUAGUCACUGAGUACAUCAAUGCAGAAAAUUAUCUUCUUGAACUUGUAGAUGAAUUUACCAACGGAAUGAGGAAGAUCUAUGCUAAUGAUAUCGAAUUUAAAGAUGUUGACAUCCAAGGUCUGCCCUUCUGAGAGAGGUUCUCGAAUCUACUCUACAACAUCCUUCUUAUCAUCGACUUCCAAAAGCAAUUCAUAGUUGAUCAGCAGUCUUACCCUCAACCAAACCCCUAUAUGAACAAUGACUGCAUCAUUGAGGAGGAUAACGAGGAAGACACAGAUGGCCAGAACACUCAAAAGAAGUAUAACGAAAAUAGUGAGAGUGAAGAAGAAGUCCUCAUCCAGAACAAUUCAAUUAGAAUCCUAGAUAAUUCCCACAGGGAGUCACAGGAGAGUUCACAGAACCAAAUGGAGAACAAGAGGUAUUCCAAGGAGAACUCUCGUCAUGAUACUCUUCGUAAUAACGAACAAGAGGAAGGCGAUGAAGAACAGACUAUACUGAGGAAUAACUAUGACUCUAAUUUUAGCUUAGGAAAAGGACAGCAAGAAAGUCAGUACGAUAGCAAUCAACAUGAGCAAAUGGAAGAGGAGAAAGCAACAUCUACUGAGAACGAAUUGACAAGUGACGAUCAAGAGUUCCAAGAAGAACCAGUGAUUAAUAAAACAUUAGUCAUGCUUCAGAAGGAGCUACAUAAAUCUUUGUUCAGCCCAAGCUUGAUGAAAAUAAAUGAAAGCCCAAAAGUUAGUCUUCUGGCCAACCAGACGAAUAAAAAGAUUAGCAAUAUCCCGAAUAUUUUUGGUAUGAAUAUCAGACCUUCUUCUGGGGAGAUAAUGUCCCCGACUUCAGAGGAGUCUUCUCGCCAUUCUGUUCGGAGAGAUCAUCUCAGUAAAGAUAAUCACUACCAAAUUCAAGAUUCUGAUUUCAUUGAAAAUUGAAAUUCUGAGGAAGGCAUAAUGUCUCUAGAGUCUAUUGUAAUCAAGAAAGAGGAGCAUAAGUAUAAGCACAGUAAUAAUGACAGCAUUGAGGAAGCCUUAACUCCAAACUUCAUCACAAAGAGAUCAUCUGUUGGAGGGAACCAACAAUCUGAUCAACUACAGACUGACAUUUUCUAUAAAGAGAAGGAAGAAUACCCGUAUAACCUCCGACCUCCACAAAUCUCUGUAUUAGACUCAGAGCCUCACAGGUAUGACGAUGAGGAGUUUGAAGAGUCUGUUCAGGAAUCUGAACAGGUUUAUUGCUCAAAUAGGGAAGACAUGGAGAGCAUCAAGUGUGAUUUUGGAGGAGAUUGUUAA